AUGCCUUCCAUCAAACCCGUCCUCCCUCCCCUUAAAACACCCAGCAACAUCACCUUCCCCUCCGAACUUCAUACAGACUCGAGCGCUGGCUCAGGAAAGAACGAGGACAGCUCGUCAACUCCUAUCACCCCUCCUGCCGCGUACACCGAGUUCUUGAAAGCCUUCACGCCUAUCUUCUCUAGCCCGACGAGCGCUGAAGGAAUCGACUUUACCAAGUUCAAGUUCGACCGUCACAACGUUCACUCUGCACGAUCACAGCCCUCAAGCGCAGUCAGUGGCAGCUUCAACUUCAAUGAGUCAGCGCGAUCAGCUACGGCAUCACUGCCUCCUCUGAACCCUCUUGCCCCACCUUGUCCUCGGCGAGAGUUGAGCAACCUGCGCCGGCUGCGCAUCCCGCCGGCGCUUAGGUACUCACCAACUUCGGCGGAGCCACUACGAAGUGCUGGACCUCGCAGCGCAGGACCUAGGAGCGCUACUAUUGCUCGCACUCCUUACUCUCCAAUAGACUGGAGACUACGUUACCUCGACUCCCCCCGGAGCGCAAAUCCUCGAAGCUCCAACCACAAGAUGAGUGUGCGACAUGUAAUCACGCACACCAUCACCUACAAGACAACGGAACUGGAUGCGCCUCCAAAGGGGAAGCGAAGAAAGCACAGCCAUGAUAAUAAGGAGUCGAAAUAA